ACUUUACUCUUCACCCCGCAGAAUGAGAUCAUGGCGAUGAAUUACAGACCUAUCAAGCCUGCUCCCCCGAUGGAUGGGAGCCAUCGAGUGGACAAAUCAUCUCGAUCAGCACCGAAGAGGCCACCAGCAACCAAGACUGCUUGCUGGGGAUGUCGCAAGCGAAAAGCCAAAUGUGAUGGGCAACGACCAGCAUGUGCAAACUGCAUAAAGUCAACCAGAGAAUGCGUCUACGACACCAAGAUCAGGGAUUCAAACACAAGAGCUCUUCAGCUCGCCAACCAAGAGCUUCGAGAGCAGCUAGACGCCUCAAAUCUGCUUCUGAGGCAGCUGGCGUCAGGUGCUCCAGAAGUCCGAGGUCCUAUUCUCCAGUUUUUAGCAGGCAACAAGCAGCCUCAGGAGAUCAUUCGAGCUUUGAGGAUCGAUAAUAGCCUUGGGCUUCGACCAAAGCCGUCGGAGCGACGGCAAGACAAGAUCGUUUAUCGAUUGCUAGGCUCACAGACGCCGCACUCGACAACCCAUCAUACGAUGGAAAGUCUUCCGACCCCAGCCAAUUCUGUUGCUGAUUCAACCAUCAUGCCCGUAUUUGAUCAGCCCUCAUGGCAGCCUUCUGAUACGGACACUUCAGUAACUCCGGUUUCCAAUACUUUGGAUAAGUCCCCUAUGUUGCUAGAAGGUCCAUCUUCUCUCGAACCUGUGGCAUCUAGCUUUACUCCUCGGAAUGCCAUCACAGUUAAGCCGUACUUGCAAAGUCCAGUUCUCAUACCCGAAGCAUCUCGGAUCAAACGGGAGAGUCUCUUGUUUGUAUUUCCCUUGUUCAACCGUUUGGAUUAUCUGUUGGGUGCUCCCACAGACGAUCAUGAUACAAGCCCAGACCUCCUCAGAGACACAGAUCAAACGGCUCGCUGCUUUUCAUCCACGGGAGCUUAUCGAGGAGCGCCAUCUUUGAACCUUCCCAACUCUCACAGUUCCUACUCAUCUCCCGUCUUUGAUCAGCUGGCUAGUCUCGGCGAAUCGAGAGUACCUGUGCAAACCGGUCAAAGCCUAGCUGCCUUUCUCAGAAUUCAUUCCAACUACGGGAAUUCUUUUGGCAAUCUUCCACUCUCCAGCAGCAUCCGAGCCAAUAACUACCCUCCGGACGUUCAAGAUGCACAACUCAGAAACUUCACAGUGCCUAUUUGGGCUGUGACGACACUGAAUACUCUGCCUGACCCAGGCGGCCUGCGAGAAGCGUUUACCAGCGUGUACAACGAGGCGACGAGGUUACUCCAAGAAGGCACCGCCCUUGAAAAGGUAGUUGGGACACAUCCUGAGAUAGCGGCAUUAUUCGACCAAGGUGUAUUUGACAAGUCAACUCUUCUUUCAAAAUGGGCUGCACAGAUGGUGCAUAGCGUUAAGCUCAAAGGAUACGACUUUACCUGCUUUGCAUCGAUGUACGUCUUCUGGUACCUGAUGCGAUGGAUGAUCAGCCCAUCUCCCGAAACAUAUGCCGCCAUACCAGAAUGGAUCAGGCCAACGCCAAACCAACUUUUCAUACCUCAUAUCAAUAUGGUCGAUUUUGCCAUCUGGCCAGACUUCCGUGAGCUUGUGGUCCAGCUACCAUCCAUGCAAGAGCAUAUGGAGUGGCUUAUCGACUUAUCCAACUCGAUUCAGUGCGAGUGGCCAUAUGAGCUUGAUCAAGCACUGUGCAAGGACGAAGCCAGUGGAAACAUUGAUCUUGUUGACUUGGCCAAGCAACAUGUGUGGACUCUAGGGUGCUGGUCCGUAGGCCCGACGUUUCGGAGUUACUUAUUAAACGCGGAUAACUACGUAAAUAUUAGAGUUGAAGAUCUGGAAGUUGGCGCAUCCGCAUAUACUGAACUGGGGCGAGAGAUGUGA